AUGAUCGGCGAAUCAAUUCCAAGAAGGAAUUUUGAACCUGGUUUUGCUGAUUUCUUUGCUCUUGCAUUCUCAUGGGUUGUGUUGUUUUUGACAUUUCCUAUUUCGAUAUUUUUCUGUAUAAAAAUUGUGAAAGAAUAUGAUCGAAUGGUGAUUUUUCGGCUUGGGCGAGUUUGGCGAGGGAAUCCGAAAGGUCCUGGAUUGGUAUUUGUUAUACCGUUUGUUGAUUCACAUAAAACUGUGGAUUUGAGGUAAGUUGGAAAUACUUUCUUAUUAUAAGUAGAAGUAUAUAUUUUUGAAUUUCCAGUCAAAAAUAAUUUCAAAAUGAGAAUGAAAUAAUUGCCAAAAUACUGAAAAAUUAAACAUUUUGAAGUUAAGUUCAACUUAUCAUAACUCAAAAUUGAAUGUGUUUUUUGAAUCCCUAAAGAAAGUAAUAUAGGGUAACAAAGAUGAAGUUUUUUGCGGUCUUCAUAAAUAUGAACUCUAAAAAUUUACCUCACAAUUUUUAAGAACUUCCUACAAUUUCAAAACCUUUUUUUUCAGAACAAUGUCUUACGAUGUUCCAACACAAGAAAUGUUGACUCGAGAUAGCGUAACUGUUGGAGUUGAUGCUGCGGUUUAUUAUAGAACCAGGUUUUUUUCUUGAUCCCCGUAAACUAUUAAAUUUUCUCUAGAUAAUUUUUCAUAUAUAUUUUUUCGAAAAAGUACUUUAUUGCAGAGAAAAAUAUUAUUCCACUUUACGGAUCAAAAUUUUCAAGCAGAAGCACUUUCAAAGUUCUUUUCGUCAGACUUUUGCACUUUUUCUGGAAACUUGUGUUAACAAAAUUAUUCUGUAAUUGAGUACAUCUUCUAGCUUGCAAAAGUUGUCAGAAACACUUAUUCUUUGAAUUAUGCACAGCAAAAAGUGUCCCUUUUUUGAUUUUUCUAUAUUCAAACCAGGAAAAAAACCCUGAUGACAUCCACAAUUUUUAAUCUCAUUAUUGUUAUUAUCAUUUUUAGUGCUGUUCUUGAAAAAAAUGAAGAUUAUCCAGACAAAAAUCAUAAAUAAAUUAAUUAAAUAUUUGUUGACCUUUAUUGCAAUUCCAGUGAUCCAAUUGCAAGUAUUUCGUGUGUCAAUGAUGCUCAUCUGUCAACACGUCAACUGGCUCAAUCAACUUUACGAAAUGUUCUUGGCACUCGAACUUUGGCCCAAAUGAUGUCCGAUAGGCAAGGAAUUGCGGUACAAGUUAAGAAGAUUUUAGAUGAUGGUGAGUUGGUUGGAUUCCUUGUGCUAGGAACAAUUGGGUUACCCAAACUCUGACUAGAAAUAAUUUCUUGUCAACCCCCUCCUUUAAAAACUUUUCUAUUUUAGAAAAUUCAAAGAGACCAAAUGAUGUCCCCCGCAUAAUUUCUCCACUAAUCUCAUCAAUUUUUGUUUUUCAUAACAUCCUGUUCCAUGAAUUAAAAUAAUUCAUCUACUUAUUUCUAGCCACCCUCUAUUGGGGAAUUCGUGUUGAACGAGUCGAAAUCAAAGAUAUUCGAUUACCCCGUGAAAUGUGUCGUGCAAUGGCCGCCGAAGCUGAAGCUCAACGUGAAAGUGAUGCCAAAGUUGUGACUGCUCAAGGUGAACUCGAUGCUUCUGUAGCAUUCCAGAAAGCUGCAGAUUGUAGGUCACCGUAGCUACUACCUCUUCACUACUUGGUGAUCCUAUGAUCUCUUACUACUAAACCCAAACUAACCUGAUUCCGCUCGGUGGUCCUUGUCGCUAGCCAACAAGGGGCGCUCGAUAAUCUGGCCACUUCAUCCACGCGCUCCCGCGCUGCUCCUUUGGGCGGAGCUUCCUGGGCGGAGCAAUCUCUUGGGAUUGGUCCGCCACACUCCCCGCGGCCGCAAAAUGAUGCGGGGGAGUCUUCCUGCUGAGGCAGUUUAUGGUCCGAGGUGACCGAUUUUUCUUUUCUUUCUUUGUUUCCUAUUACUUAUAUUAUUAUUCUUUUUUUUUUUUUUUUGCUUUAAUAUUUACUUUUUCUUUUUUUAGUUUCGGAUGGAUAACACCCAUGAAAUAGCUGCGAAGGUCGCUCUUCUCGUCAAAAACGAGAAACCCCAAAAGCGUCGACGAGUCGACCACGAAUGGCGCCCUCGGUGUGCUGUCUGCUCGGGCGAGCAUAAACUUAUUGAUUGUUCCCAAAAGGGAGAAGUAAAAGCCGCAACGGCUGCUCGAUUCCAAUUGUGCUUAAUGUGCGGGCAUCCCACCUCUGGUAUGUUUUUUUUUUUUUUUGUACUUCUUGUGUAAUGCUGAGUUAUUUUAGCUACUCAUCACGAAAUUAUAUGUAGGGAGAGAUUUGACAAUAGAUGUCGCCAUGACAUCUGCGUCCUCGUUAAGGCGUGCCACCAUUUUGCUAUGUGUCCCUUGGACAAGCAAGAACCACAACCACUUGGUCAAAUGAAGGAUAUGACACUCUCGACUUCCUCGAAGAAGUGA